CAAGGCAUCACACAUCAGCCAACGUUCGAACAAACUAGACAUGGCCAAAUACAUCGUCGCCCUCGCCCUCCUGGGUUGCGCUGCCGCCGAGCCCCCAGUGGGCUACAGCUACGGCGCCCCCGCCACCUCCUCCAUCACCCUGGGCAGCCUCGGCAGCGGCGGCCACUACACCCAGGUCCCCAUCGGCCACACCGAAAGCGAGGGCUACUACGUGGACCCUCAUCUCCUCCACAAAAUCAAGAACAUCCUCUUGACUGAGGAGAUCAAGAACCAGGCGUCGUCUGGCUCCGGCGGCCACGGUCACGGACACGGCAUCUCGUCCCACUACGGCGUGCCCGCCCCCGUCUACGGCGUCCCUGACCAGAAGAUCGUUGGCAUUGAACUCGACCACGUCCAGCAGUCCCUGCAGGUCGCCCAGUACCACCAGGCUGAGGAAGUGUACGCCGGCGGACACGGCGGCUACUCCUCCGGUGGUUACUCCUCCGGUGGCUACUCCUCCGGCGGACACGGUGGCUACUCCUCCGGUGGCUACUCUUCCGGCGGACACGGUGGCUCCUCUCACUACACCACCAUCGGAAUCCCCUCCGGAUCCUACGGCGUCCCCUCUGAGUCAUACGGACACCCCCACUAAACGACCCAAAUUGUUAGUCAUCUCAUCUCAUUAAUGUAAAUCAUGUGAUCGCAUCUUAGAUGUUAUUAUGUAUUAUAUUUGUUGUUAUAAGUUUCUGUAAAUAAAAGAACAAUCUAUUUUGUA